UUUUAGAACUUGUGUCAAAAAGAGAAGAACUUUACCCAGAAUUCCCACAUUUCUAUCUGUGGAGCUGAAAGGGAGAGACAGACUUUAAGAAACUGAAGCAAGAUUUCAUUUACUCAGCUAUAACACAAUGAACAUCAUUCAAACUAAGUUAAGAAGAAGCCUUAGACUACUUUAUAAUGGAUACUACAACUCUGAUGGGUUACCGACCAUUUCAUACAGAGAGACCAGAGUCAGGAGGUGCAGAAAUCGUCGGCCUGUAAAGACGGAUAAAACAGAGGUCCCUGUACAAGAUAGAUUUGACAGCAGCAUAAAGGCAAACCAGAAGAAGUACACACUGUUACAGUUUUGGUGGAUCGUCAUUGUCCUCUCUCUGUUUUAUGGAAGUACCUGCCUGUUUACUGCCCUGCAAUCGAAACCUUCAGAGUCACUUAUUACGCCAGCUACAACGGACACGGUACGCUUUUCUGUACUUAAUCUAAACACUAGUUUCAAUUUCUUGCAUUGUUGUUCACAGGUCUUAACCCCAGGAUGUAAGGAUCAGGAAAAACAUUCAAAGGAUCUGCAUGAAGAGUUGCUGAGUUUGAAGAAAAAGCUGGACUACCUUCUACCAUCAGCAGAUCUGUUGCCCAACUUUGCUCUGGAAUCUCAAGGAGCAAGGAUUUUACACCAAAGGACCUCAGACACAUAUCAGAUGGUAGAAGCAUGUCGUUGGUUUGGAUUACCAAUAUGGCGACCAGCUGUAGACCCAAAGAUUGUUAUACAGGGAAAAUCACACCUGCUUCCAGGACAGUGCUGGGCCUUUGCAGGUUCCCAGGGACAUUUAUCCAUCGCCCUGUCCCACAAAGUCUCCAUCAGCCAUGUCUCCAUGGGUCACAUUCCCAAAAUGGUAUCCCCGACUGGCUCCAUCUCCAGCGCUCCAAGAGAGUUUUCUGUUUAUGGAAAUAAGGAUUUGGAAGAUGUGGAGAGUCUUUUGGGAACUUUUCUCUAUGAUGAAGAUGGAGACCAUCUACAGACCUUCAAACUUCCUGAUCGUAAAGCUGGUUCCUUCCGCUUCAUGAGGUUACAAGUGAACAGCAACUGGGGCCAUCCUGAGUAUACGUGUCUCUAUGGCUUUCGAGUGCAUGGAAAACUGGCACAAUGAACAGGAGGACAAAAAGAGGUUAUUUUCAUAGGUUUUCUCCAGGUGCUCUGGUUUCCUCCCAAACCAAACUUGAUUUAAGAAGUUUUGAUCGGAUAGACAACAUAAAAAAAGGACUGACUCCAAAGAGCUGCUCCUUCAGGUUGCUGCUAGAGGCUCUGACUGCUUGAGGACCAGAUACACUGAGCAUUAUUCAUUCACAUCUCAAUUGAUUAUAAUGUGUGCUAAUAUUGUUAUCUAAUUUGUGUUUCUUCUUUCAGAGAUUCGGAACCAGCUUUGUGUUUAUGUGUUUCUGUUCUGUCCUGUCCUGUUUGAAGCCAGCCAGCAGAGGCAGAUGGCUGCUCAUCCUGAGCCUGGUUCUGCUGGAGUUUCUUCCUUUUCAAAGGAAGUUUUUCUCUCCACUGUUGCCUUGUGCUUGCUCAGGAUGGGGGAUCAAAUCAGAUUGAAUAUUUGAUGAGAUCCGCUGGUGA